UUCAUUUUUGUGUAACUACUUCUAUAAUAUAAAUAAUUGUAUUAAUUAAAUAUUUUGGCAAAUUGAAACAAAAAAAAUAUGGCUAAUUGGAACGUUUUAAUACCUUCCCAGUUUAAACCUUCUGCUUUCAUUGCUGCUCUAAGAUCAUUUUUAGGUGGAGUAAGUAUUUAUAUACACUUAACAUAAUAUACUAUAUAUAAUUAUAUAUUUUUUUAAAUUACCAAUAAUAAUUGAAUGCAUUGAUUAUGUAUGACUUUUUUUUUAUUGACUUGGAUUUUAGUUCUAUCAUCAAACAAUUAAAAAUCAUUAUCUAGUUUCUUUUCCGUUAUUAAUUUAGAAUUGUAUUUUUAUAAACUUUGUGAAAUAAAUUUUGUCAAAUGUGUUAAUUAACUAAAAAAAAAACUCAUUCAUUCAUAUUAAAACAACAAAAUGUUCAAAAAAAUAGUCAUUGAAAACUAUCCCUUAAACAUUAUAUUGUUUAAUAAAAUUCAACAAAUUGAUUAGGUACCCCAUUCAUUCUCAACCUUUUUUUACAAUACCUAAUUCAUAAUGAUACAUAAAAAUUACAACACAUUUAUUACAGCUAAUGAAUUUUUGAAAAGCAACAAUUAUAAAUCUAUGUAAAUUAUAUUUACAUUUUAUCAUUGUAUUAAAAAUAUAAAUUUACACGAUUAAGAAUUAAACAGUUUUAGGUAGGUAUUUAAAUAAAAAUGAGUAUUUAUACAAAUAUAUAAAAGUAAAUCAGUGUGAUAAGUGAACUGAAUAAUCUUAAAUUUUUCAGCGAAUGGUUGACAAACUUUUGUGUAAUUCACUUUUAAUAUUUAUGGGCUUGGACCUUUAUUUAGUUUUUGGAAAGCUAAAUUUACAAUGCCUUUUUGCUCACUUUGGAUUAUUAAUUUUCUAAAUAAAUCCAAAAUGAAUCAACUUAAGAUUCAUAAAAUUUAGAUUUUAAUAUUGUAUCUUAUGAUCCUAUUUUUAGUAAGUUUUCUUUUUCCAUAAAAGUUAAGUUUGCAUUUUUAAUAUUUUCUUCCUGUCUUUAUUAUGCUAUUACUGGAUAGCUUCUCUAAGUUUUUUGUUAGUAAAAAAAAAUAAAUAUAUAUACAUUAUUCUACAUAUCAACUAUAUUGAAAUGCCACACAUCACCUAAACUAGUUUUAUAUUGGUAAUAAAUAAGACAAUCUUUAAUUUAGUUUUUCUUAGUUAUGGUUCUUAUCAUGUCAUAAUAAAAUUAUAUAUUUAUGUUUUGAUCAAGCACAAUAAAUAUAGGUACUAAAAUGCAAUUAAUAUUUUAAUGUUUACAAAUUUCAAUCAAAUUUUUAAAACUAUUUUUUUUUUUUUGUGACAUACAUUACAGUAAUAUUUAUCAGUUAAUAUACCAGUUGAGAAUCACAGGAUUACCUAACAAAUUUAAAUACAAUAAAGUUAAAAGAGAGCAUUUGAGUAAAACAAUUAAGUAAUAUAUUACAUAUUUAUAAAAUUUCAAUUGUAUUACAAAAAGAGUCUACAUUUCAAUAUUAAUUAAAUGUUGUAUUUAGCUAUAAAAUGACUAUAUAAUCUCGAACCAAACAUUUUAACAUUUAAUCUUCUUUAAUAUAAUUUUUAACUCUUAUAUUGGAAAUACUAUACUACAUAUAUUUAUUUUGCUGUUUGCUAAUUGCUUGUUGUGAUGUUUGUAUACAGCGAAAUUUCAAGCCAAAUAUCAGAAUGGUCAAUGAAGUAUCACCUGCAACACAACCUCCCCCCGAUGUUCCUGGUGGUCCUUAUCAUAAGGUUUAUGACAAUUAUUACUUUGUACGAGAUGGCCGUAGGGAAGUUACACAUCCAAUAGUUAUUGUUGAAAAUUCUAUAAAACUUAUCGCUGAAGAAAAGUAAUUUUUAUUUUUUAUUUAUUAUGCCAGAAAAUAACAUUUACCUAACAAUAAAGUAAAUGAUAUUAUCAUUUUUAAAAAUAUUUUAUUGUUUAAAUUAAAUAUACUCUAUAAAACUUACAUUUAUUUUACAGAUUAAUUUAAUAAUAUUUUUAUUUGUUAAAGGUCAAAAUCUUUGGAAUCUAGUGGCCAGUCAAAAUUACCACUGCCUGGAAAAGUUUACCACUGGGAUUAGAAAAUGCUAUUCAUAGUAGUAAAAAAAAUGUAAAAUGUAUAGCAUUAAAAUAUAAUGUAAUUAUUAAUAAAUUUAAAUAGCUGUACACUCAAGAGUGUCUAUUUUAUUUUAAAAUAUUAUGUCCAAUUGCUUAAUAAUAAAACAACAAU